AUGGCUUUCAUACUUCCAUCAGGUUUGUCUUCUGUAGUAAAUUAUUAGUUGUAAAUAUUUAGUGUAUGCCUACCUGUCUGUAUGCCUAUCAAAAGAAAUAAUCAGUUGAUAGAUUUAUCAACCACAAAACGUCAUAUUCUUACAGGUUCAUGAUAAAAUGGUUUCAGAAUCAUCAGAAGGAUCACCAAUGUCAAACGGAUUACACAUGAAUGGCCAAGAUUCUCUAGUUCAACCACUUUUGACUGAUUUUUAUCAGGUAUUUUUUGAUAGAGAGCUUUUUCGAUAUUUUGAGGCUUUUAUCGAAUAAUUUCAUGUUUUCACAGAUCACAAUGUGCUACGCAUAUUGGAAAGCUGGAACUCACGAAGAACCGGCAGUUUUCGAUGUGUUCUUCCGUAAAAAUCCAUUCCAUGUAAGUUUUCAUCUACAUAUUAUUCUCAUUUUUUCUCUAAAAUUCAAUUCUUCCAGGGAGAAUACACAGUUUUUGCUGGUUUGGAAGAUUGUUUGAGAUUUGUUGAACAUUUCAGAUUUAGCAAAAGCGGUUAGUUUUUUUAUUCGUUUUAGUUGAUCUAAAAAAUCCCCAGUUUAUUUUAGAUAUCGAAUAUGUUCGAAAGAUUCUGCCAGACAACGCGGAAGAUGAGUUUUUCGAGUUUUUAGAAGGAUUAAAUGGAAAUAAUUUGACAAUCGAAGCAUUGAAAGAGGGUUCUGUUGUAUUUCCAAAAGUUCCACUUCUCACAAUUUCUGGACCAUUGGCAAUCUGCCAACUUCUCGAAACUUCAAUUCUGAAUCUUGUCAAUUAUUCGAGUCUCGUUGCAACAAAUGCUUCAAGAUUCAGACAAGCUUCUGGAAAGAAUAUUCAAUUACUUGAAUUUGGAUUGCGAAGAGCACAAGGACCAAAUGGAGGAUUGACUGCUAGUAAAUAUUGUUUUAUUGGUGGAUUUGAUGGAACAAGUAAUGUAUUAGCUGGAAAAUUAUAUGGUAUUCCGGUUAAAGGAACACAAGCACAUAGUUUUAUUUGCUCGUUUUCGUCGCCAGAAGAAUUAAAGUUUAGAAAAGUUAAACAUCAAAAUCGAAGCGAUGAACAUGAUUUGUAUGAACUGGCAAUUCAAAAAAGAGAUUGGAUUUUGAAACAAUUUCCAUGGGGUGUUAUUCCUUCGGAAAUUUCUGAUGGAGAAUUAUCAGCUUUUGUUGCAUAUGCAGUUGCUUUUCCAAAUGCAUUCCUUGCUUUAAUCGAUACUUAUGAUGUUUUGAGGUAAGAAAAUAAAUCGUAACUGAUGAUUCAGAAUACGUAUAUUUUGUUUUUGAAAAUACUUUUAAAAUUGAACUUAACUUGAUUCUGAAUUUGCCUCAAAUCUAUGAUUUUUCAGAUCUGGAGUUGUGAAUUUCGUCGCUGUCACUCUGGCUCUCAACGAACUCGGUUAUCGAUCUUUGGGAUGUCGAAUUGAUAGUGGUGAUUUGUCAUAUCUUUCCAAAGAACUUCGAUCAAUUUUUGUCAAAGUAGCUGCUUUGUAAGUUAUUUAUUUUCAAAUAAAUUUCCUUUUUAAUAAAGACCCUAUUUUUCUUUUAGAAAUCCAGUGUACAGUUUCUUUGAAACAAUGACAAUUGUUGCAUCAAAUGAUAUCAAUGAAGAAACAAUUAUGUCUUUGAAUGAACAACAACAUGAAAUUAAUGCAUUUGGUGUUGGAACACAUUUAGUUACUUGUCAAAAACAACCAGCUCUUGGUUGUGUUUAUAAAGUGAGUUUCAAGUAUUUUUGGUGUAAAGUCUAGUAUAGUCUAGUUAGAAAUUCACCCAUCAAACAAACAAAGAAACUCACUAAUCGUUGUAAUUUCAUUAGCUCGUCGCACAAUCUUCGAUUCCAAAAAUCAAAUUGAGUCAGGAAGUAUCAAAGAUCACAAUUCCGGGAAAGAAAAAAUGCUAUCGAAUUUAUGGAAAAGCCGGUUAUGCUAUAUUGGAUUUGAUGACUUUGGAAGAUGAAGAAGAGCCAAAACCAAACACACAAAUUCUUGCAAGACAUCCGUUCCAGGUAAUUUUUUUUUGCAAUUUAAUAUUUUUCAAGAAAACUUUCAUUGA